UGUCUAGGCUGUCUCUGCGCAUCGAGUACUGGAGUACACCGAGUUUUUUCAUCGACAGGAGCUAGACACCGGUAUACAGCUACAGGUAGCUCCCCGCGAAAUUUCCUGCUGAUCGGGAGAAGAAGGAAGUCAAGAUGUCGCACGGAUAUUAUCCGUUCAAGUGCACUUCAACUGUGUAUCCCGCUGAUCCAUUCGAUCCAAACGCGGACGCUACAAUCUUGCGUAAAGCGAUGAAAGGAUUUGGCACGGAUGAAAAAGCGAUCAUCGACGUGCUUACAAAGAGAGGCAUUGUACAGAGAUUGGAGAUUGCGGAGACUUUCAAGACUAUGUACGGAAAGGAUUUGAUCAACGAUCUGAAGAGCGAACUGACUGGGAAAUUGGAGGAUGUCAUUGUUGCCCUUAUGACCCCACUGCCACAUUAUUAUGCCAAGGAGCUGCACGACGCGAUCAGCGGGCUGGGUACUGAUGAAGAAGCAAUUGUUGAGAUUCUGUGCACUCUCAGCAAUUAUGGUGUCCGUACGAUUGCCACAUUUUAUGAAAAUUUGUAUGGUAAAACGCUUGAGAACGAUCUGAAGGAUGAUACGUCGGGUCAUUUCAAGAGGUACUUGGUAUCCAUCGUACAGGGAAACAGAGACGAAAAUCAAGAAAUCGAUCAUGCUCAAGCAGUUGCUGAUGCCCAAGCAUUAUAUGAAGCUGGUGAAAAACAGUGGGGAACGGACGAAUCUCAAUUUAAUGCGAUCUUGAUAUCUCGCAGUUAUCAGCAGCUGCGACAAACAUUUGUCGAGUAUGAGAAAAUAUCAGGGCAUGACAUAGAGGUUGCCAUAAAGAAGGAAUUUUCUGGCAGCAUCGAGAAAGGCUUGCUUGGAAUAGUAAAAUGCGUGAAGUCAAAAGUUGGAUUUUUCGCUGAACGUUUAUAUGCCAGUAUGCAUGGCAUAGGUACAAAGGACCGAACACUAAUCCGUAUCAUUGUGUCUCGAAGUGAAAUCGACUUGGGAGAUAUUAAAAAGGCAUUCGAAGAACGCUACGGAAAGUCACUGGAAAGCUGGAUAGCUGGAGAUACAUCGGGAGAUUACAAGAAGGCUCUUCUUUCCCUCGUUUCCACAUAAUUUUGAUAAAGUUAUUAAAGAUAAACACUUACCUGUUGAUGUAUAAUCUAUAAAAAAUAACUUCAUAUACCUGCACAGAAUCCAGCUUAAUGUUGCUUACUAUACUAAUGA